AUGGGGAUGCGGGUGCCCGGGUGGGUUGGGGGCCUGGUGGAGGAGAGCUUCUUCGUGGGGUGCGAGGCGCACGAGAGCCGCAGGAAGAACGAGAAGAACAUCUUCUGCCUCGCCUGCUGCACCAGCAUCUGCCCGCACUGCGCCCCCGCCCACCGCCACCACCCACUCCUACAGGUGCGGCGAUACGUGUACAAUGACGUCGUCCGCCUGGGUGAGCUCGAGAAGCUCAUCGACUGCUCCUAUGUCCAGCCCUACACGAUCAACAGCGCGAAGGUUAUCUUCCUGAAGCCGAGGCCUCAGUCCAGGCCAUUCAAGGGCUCCGGCAACUUCUGCCUCACAUGUGACAGGAUCCUCCAGGAGCCCUUCCACUUUUGCUGCCUCUCCUGCAAGGUGGACCAUGUGGUGGAGCAGGGAGGGGACCUGUCCAAUAUCCUGCUGUAUCGCGCCGGCGACGAGCUCCCUUUCCCGCGCUUCGAGAACCUCCACGUCGGCGACGGUGACUCGGGGCAGGUCACGUCCAACUCCAUCCUUGAGAACCCGCUGCACCACCGCAACGGGUACGGUGGCGGCAGCGGCGGGUCCAGCGACAAUGCCGGCAACGGCAACGGCAACGGCCAUGGCGGCGGCGGCGAGCCGGCGGUGGUGAAGAGGAAGAAAGGGGGAGGGUUCUUCCCCAAGAUGGUGCUGUCACUGGGCAGCAGGAGGAAGGGUGCACCCACCCGAUCCCCCCUAGCCUGA